UAAAAGGAGUUUCCCGCCAUUGACUGCCAAUUAAGGUCCUCUCCCUAUGUCUCUUUCACUUCUCUCUCACAAGUUCAUAUCAAUGGCGCAAAGGCCGAGCUGUUCUUCAUCAUUCUUCGGUGAACUCAGAACCAGAGAGCUUACUGGAUUUAAAGUGCGUCAAAGGCCGUAUCUUGGCGAUCUGUUGUUCGAUGCCGGCGAAUUUAUUAUUGAGCAUGAAAACAAUCCCUCGCCUCCCCUCGCCCUUUCCUUUUGCAAGAACAGUGGAAAAUCCCACAUUCUUGCGGUUUCAGAUGAAGAAGGGUUUGUCAGUUGCUACGAUACUAGGAAGCGGCUCCGCAGCCAGCCUGCUUGCUUGGAUAAGACUGCUGAAGCAAGGGUUUCUGAAUGGGUUGCUCAUGAAAACGCCAUAUUCGAUAUUUGUUGGAUUAAGGAUGACUCCCACCUCCUUACAGCUUCUGGUGACCAGACUAUAAAGAUAUGGAAUGCUGAAAGGAGGAAAUGUAUUGGGUUGUUGGCAGGGCAUACAGGCAGUGUAAAAUCAAUUUCGUCACACUCAUCAAAUUCUGACCUUUUUGUUUCCGGUUCUAGGGAUGGGUCUUUUGCCAUUUGGGAUCUUAGGUGCAAGUUUGGUUCCCAUGGAGUAGCACGUGUAUUGUCUACUUCUAUUGUUAAGGAAGCCCAUUCAUCUUCUCAAGGAAGAAGAACUAGGAGAGUACAGGCUGAUUCAAAGAGCGUUACAUGUGUACUUUAUCUAAAAGAUGAUAUCUCUAUUGCUAGUGCUGGUGCAGUGGACAGUGUUGUAAAGUUUUGGGAUAGUCGAAACCUGAAAUCAUUUAUUUCUCAGGCUUGCCCAAACAUAAAGUCAUUUUCCAAAAAGGAGAAAGUACGACAUGGGAUUUCCUCACUCUCUCAAGAUUCAUGUGGUGUUCUUCUCUCUGCCUCUUGCAUGGACAACAGGAUCUACUUGUAUGAUGUUUUUCAUCUUUCGAAGGGUCCUCAAAAGAUCUUCAAUGGAAGCAAGAUUACAUCAUUCUAUGUCAAGUCAGCCAUAAGCCCUGAUGGUUCACAUAUUCUUAGCGGGUCGGGUGAUGGAAAUGCAUACAUAUGGAGGGUGAACAAGCCUGAAAGCGUUCCAUUCUCACUUAAAGGCCAUGAAAAGGAAGUAACUGCAGUAGCUUGGUGCUCAACUGAGGUUGGAAAGUUAGCCACUUCGUCAGAUGAUUACAUGGUUCAUGUCUGGAAUAUCAACAAAGAUAGUUGUAUCAGUUCAAGAUCUCCACUUUCAAUGCGAAAGAGAGUUGCUGCAACCCCAAGCAAGAUGUGCAGGAAGCUAAACUUAGAAGAUUCCGAUGACUUCGAAAAUGCCUCGUGUGCUUUAAACAAAAAAAUGGCAAAUUCACCGUCUCCCUUAACUACUAGUGCACAAGGGUACAGCACUCCUGAAUCUUUAAAGAAGAGAAAACUUGGGCUGUUUCCGUUCGAAGGACUAGAUUUGCAGAAAUCCCCAGAUCCAGCAGCAUCAUUUGAUAGCCCUUCUUCUGUUCUUAAUCUUCCAUCCUCUUCUAAAAGGAAAACAAUCCGUGAUUAUUUCUUGAGUUCUCAUUUAAGAAUCAAAGACCAUCUCAGUGACUAGAAAGAAAAUUCUAUAAUCCGGUUAUUAUAAGGUAUGUGAAUGAUUGGGUGAAAAAAAUGAUGAUUUUCAUGGCUUUGUAAUGAUUGAGGUCUCAUUUUUUGAUUCAUGUAGAUUUUAUAAUUUUGAUAAUUUGGGUCUGAUGAUUGAG